AUGGCCCGUACUCCUUGGAUGGAUGAGGUGGUCUUUGUUUGGUUGAUGAUGCUAUCCUGUCUCGCUCAUUUGCCUUUCAUGGAUCGAUGCCAGAGCUUUGUUUUGGGAUGUCCUGCCAUUCCUCAAGGUACAUCACACCGAAGACAAGAAGGUUUUAUCUUUUUGUGGUGUUGGUUCUGGUAUCCUUUGGCCUUGUUAUCCAACAACAACAACGGCAGCAGCAUCAGGUGGUCCUUUGGGGUUGAUGAUGGAGCUGUCCUGUCCCGCUCAUUUUUCUUCUCAUGGAUCGGUACUAGAGCCUUGUUGAGAUGUCCUGUCAUUCCUCAAGGUAGAUCAGUGAAUGCUGAUUCUGGUAUCCUUUGGCCUGCUUGCUUUGGAUCAGCACCGAUGUCUUUGCGAAAGAACCCUAACAACAACAGCGGCCAUCCUUUUGUCUUGGUUGGAGUCACCACUACUGUUAUUGAAUCCUAUGCUCCUGAUCCGCCAAUAGUAACCAACGCUGGAAUCCCUCCUCCUCCUCUUACAAUUACUACUACUGCUUCAGCUCAUCCUAUUUUUCCACCAGCCAUUGCCUCUGGGUUCCCUUGUCUUCAUGGCUUUCCACCACCACCACCACCACCACCAAUGCCUUCUGUUGUUACCACUGGUAUCCCUUCUCGUCAUCUCCUUCCUCCUCCUGACCAUCAUCCUUCUCUCAAAUCAAUAUGGAAAGGGAACCAUGAAGAACAAACAAGUCGUGAGGCACCAUCACAAAUGUCUUUGCAUCUCGUUGACCGUUCUUCUACACCAUCGAAUAUUCCAUCAUUGCAUCCCACCAUGUCGAAUAGAAUGCUUACAACGAGUGAACCAGAGUUCCCUUUUCCUAGUCGUACACACCCUUGUAUCCUUUGA